AUGCCCGCCAAGGUUCCUUCGCACCAGGACGUCUUCCCCCCUGAGACGCUGCUGAAGAAGCGCAAGAACGCCGCUGCUCUCCAGGAGAAGAAUAAGGUUAAGGCCGAGAACCGCAAGGCCGCUUCCAAGGAGAAACGGGCCACCAUUUUCGCUCGUGCCGAGAAGUACAUUAAGGAGUACCGCGACACCGAGCGUGAGCAGAUCCGCCUCAAGCGUGCUGCUCGUGCUGAGGGCAAGGUCUACGUCCCUGCUCAGGAGAAGCUCGUCUUCGUUAUCCGCAUCAAGGGUAUCAACAAGAUCGCUCCCAAGCCCCGCAAGGUCCUCCAGCUCUUGCGUCUCACUCAGAUCAACUCUGGUGUCUUUGUUCGCCUCAACAAGGCCACCUCUGAGCUCCUCCGUAUUGUCGAGCCCUACGUGACCUACGGUUACCCCAACCUCGCCUCGGUCCGCCAGCUCGUCUACAAGCGUGGUUACGGUAAGGUCAACAAGCAGCGCAUUGCCCUUUCCGACAACGCCAUCAUCGAGGAGUCUCUCGGCAAGUACGGCAUCAUCUGCGUCGAGGAUCUUAUCCACGAGAUCUACACCGUCGGCCCUAACUUCAAGCAGGUUAACAACUUCUUGUGGCCCUUCAAGCUCUCCAACCCUACCGGCGGCUGGGGUGUUCGCCGCAAGUUCAAGCACUUCAUCGAGGGUGGUGCUCUUGGCAAUCGCGAGGAGAACAUCAAUGCUCUCAUCAAGGCUCAGAAUUAA